GAACCCUGCCCAUUCCCACCCGCACCAAAACACCACCCCCCCCCCCCCCUCAAUUCUUCGAAGUCACAAUCUUGAAACCAAGAGGAAAAUCCCAUCUUCAAAAUCUGAUAAUUUUUUUUUUCUCGUCACCAAUUCUUGAUCUUUUCUUUUCUGGGUUUCCUCAAAUCUCUUUAUUAACCUCAUUCUCUAUCGAUUUCCAACAAAGAAGACCAAAGAAAUGUACGUGAAAGCUGAGCCAGCGACAGAUGUGAAUAGGAACACGGAGUGGUUCACAUAUCCAGGAGUUUGGACAAUUUAUAUGCUCAUUGUUUGCAUGUCUUUGCUUCUUGUUCUUUCCAUCUUUGGUUGUUCUGCUGGGAUGGCCUGGACUAUUGUCCAUCUUUGUCAUUUUGCUGUUACAUAUCACUUUUUUCACUGGAAGAAGGGAACACCUUUUGCUGACGACCAGGGUAUCUACAAUGGAUUGACUUGGUGGGAGCAAAUAGAAAAUGGCAAGCAACUCACACGCAACAGGAAGUUUCUGACAGUUGUACCUGUAGUGCUGUAUUUGAUAGCCUCGCAUACAACAGACUAUCAAAACCCAAUGCUCUUCUUCAACACAUUGGCUGUAUUUGUGCUGGUUGUUGCUAAGUUCCCACACAUGCACAAGGUUCGCAUAUUUGGAAUCAAUGCUGAUCAUUGAACUUCGAAGAAUUCAUGCUUGGUUUGCUCUAGCCAUUAGGAUUGACCUUUUUUGCAUUCCAAUGUAACGGUAAUAUCCCUGUACAGAUACUGAAACUGGAAGGGUUAUUAUUUCUUUUUCUAUUUUAAUGGAGUGAAUAUGUAUACAUCACUAGGUCACAUGCUGGAAGAAUAGUGUCCUCUUGUGCCAGCUUAUGCGUUUUAUGUAUGCUUGAUAGAAGAUAGAAAAUCUUCGUAAUACUGUUUCCGUUUCCCCCUGUAUGGUUGCUCACUCAAGCCAUUUAAUAAAUACCGCCCAAGAGGGGUGAAAGUGAAGCUGAGCUUUGAUCUUGGA